AUGGGGUGCUUGCAGAGACAGAAGAACCUCGACCAACGCGCGAGACCUCAAGGUCUUGGUGAGACGGAGGAAACCCAGAGGCAGGAGGCACACCACAGUCCUCAGGGCAUCCAAGUGAGAGGUCAGCAGAUAGCAAGCACCCAGGGGUCCAGCCCAGUGGUGACGGAACCGGUUGGUCAGAGUGAUCAGGAACCAGGCGUAGAAGAGGCGGAAGAACUAAGAAAAGCACGGGUGAAAUGGCCACCAGGUAACGCAGACAAGCAGUGGGAGCAGUUAGACGAGGAUCUGGAGGGCAUAUUAGAGGGUGUACUGGCAGGAAGCGUGGAGAGGAAGUUAGAGGCAUUGGUGAAAGUGGUGUACAACGUAGGGCUGGAAAGAUUUGGAGAGAAGGAGCUAGGGAAAGGAAGACCACAGAUUAAUCAGCCCAACCGCAGAGAAAGAGAGAAACAAAGAAUAAGGAAAGAUUUGAAGGCUCUGAGAAAGAGAUGGAAAGAAGCCAGUCAGGAAGAAAAAGAUGCCCUAAGUUCACUAAGGGAAGAACUACGAGUGAGACUGCGCAGUCUCAGUAAUGCAGAAAGGACAAGGAAAAGGAGACGCCAGAAAGAGAAGAAGCGUGCAGAGUUCAUGUCUAACCCCUUCAGAUUUACAAAACGGCUGCUAGGAGCCAAGACGAGUGGCAGACUAACCUGUAGCAAGGAAGAGGCAGAGAGUUACCUACAGAAAACGCAUGGGGAUGUAGAGCGAGAGGUCCCUCUGGAAGAUAGGCCUAAAGACGAGUUUCCAGACCCUGAACAACCAACCAGGGAAUUAGACUGUAGUGAGCUGAAGUUAGCGGAAGUGAAGGACGUGAUCAGGAAAGCGAGGGCUGGUGCAGCACCAGGGCCAAGUGGAAUAAUAUACAGGGUAUACAAGAAAUGCCCAAGACUUACAAGAAGACUUUGGAGCCUGCUGAAAGUAGUAUGGAGGAAAAAGAAGCUACCACAGGGAUGGAAGAAAGCUGAAGGAGUGUUUUGUCCAAAGCAGGAAAACGCAAGAGGGAUUGAACAAUUUAGGACGAUAUCCCUAUUGUCAGUGGAAGGCAAGAUUUUCUUUGCUGUUCUAGCCAAGCGGCUCCUGAAGUACAUGAUGGAUAACAACUACAUUGACACUUCUAUUCAAAAAGGUGGCGUACCAGGGUGUUCAGGGUGUCUCGAGCACACAAGCAUACUGUCACAACUGAUACAGGAAGCUAAAGCAGGGAAGAAGGACUUAGCAAUAGUCUGGUUGGAUCUUCAGAACGCCUAUGGGUCGGUACCACACCAGCUGAUUAAAGUGGCCUUAGAGAAGUACUACGUUCCGGAACCGGUACGCCUCCUUAUUGAGCAGUACAUGGAUGGACUGAUGAUAAGAUUCACUGUAAACGGCUACACAACAUCAUGGCAAAGGUUGCAGAAAGGCAUUAUCACAGGAUGCACCAUAUCGGUGAUAUUGUUCGUGGCUGCAAUGAACCUGGUGAUGAAGCCAGCCUUAGGCCAAGCCAGAGGGCCAAAGACUGAUUCCGGAAUAAGGCAGAGGCCACUUAAGGCCUUUAUGGAUGAUCUGACAGUAACGACUGAAAGUGUGAUUAGUGCAAGAUACGUACUCAGGAGUCUGAGCAAGGCAGCCAGCUGGGCUAGAAUGAAAUUCAAAGCCAAAAAGUGCAGGAAACUGGUGAUGCGAAGGGGGAAGAUCUGUGACAAGCUGCAGCUAGAAGUGCAGGGGGAAAGAAUCCCUGCAAUUGCGGAGCAGCCCAUCAAAAGCCUAGGGAAGAAGUUUGAUGUAAAAUUAAGUGACAAAAAGAACAUUGAAGAAUUCAAGCAACAGAUGCGAGACGGGCUAGAAGCCAUUGAGAAUAGUGAACUCCCCGGGAGAUACAAAGUAUGGUGCUACCAGUAUGGAUUGUUACCACGAGCAGUAUGGCCAAUGACCAUGUACGAUAUACCCCUUACAGUUGUGGAGGAAGUAGAGAGGAGGGUGAGCAGACAUCUGAGAAAGUGGCUGGGGGUGCCUCCAGGACUGACGAGCAUAGGAUUGUACAGCAAAACAGCCAAACUACAGCUGCCACUAACGUCAAUGGAAGAAGAGUAUAAAGUGACGAAGGCAAGAGCCCAACUAAUGUUACAGGAGAGUCGAGACGAGUUGGUUAGCCAGGCAGGAAUAAGACUAAGAUCAGGAAAGACGUGGGCAGCAGCAGAAGCAGUCGCCAGCGCAACAAGUAGACUUAAGCAUAGAGACAUCGUCGGAGUAGUAGCUCAAGGCAGGAGAGGGUUUGGAGCAGGAAGGGAAGGAACCCAGAGAUGGGGUACUGCUAGCCCAAGGGAGAGGAGGGAACUGAUCCAGAAGGAAGUUAGACAGCAAGAGGAAGAGGUUCGGAGAUCAAGAGCAGUAAGCCAGGGGGUUCAAGGAGCUUGGACAAGAUGGGAGGGAGUACGAGAAAGAAAGGUCAUGUGGAAUGAACUCAUGUAUAGUGAACCCUCGAAGAUAAGAUUCCUGCUGAAGUCUGUUUACGAUCUUCUGCCAACAGCUGCAAACCUGAAGAGGUGGAGGAAGAAAGAUGAAGACAAGUGUGAGCUCUGUGGCAAGACAGGGAACCUUAGCCACGUCCUAACAAGCUGUCCGGUUGCACUAGGCAAGGGGCGGUACACCUGGCGCCACAACCAAGUCCUGAAAGUGAUAGCCAGUGCAGUAGAAGAACAGAUAACGGAGAAUAAGGUCAAGGGAAAACAGAGGAAGGGAUUGCAGUUCAUCAGCUUUGUAAAGGAGGGAUGGAAAGGAAAGAGUAAAGAGAAGAAGGAAAGAGAGCGGAUAGGAAUCAUAGCAUCAGCAAGAAUACCACCCAAUAACCACUCGCCGGGCAGCGAGUGGCCGUCGCUGUCGCCCCGCUGGCUAGAGACGUACUGCAACAAGGGGCGAAACGUCAAGGAAAGCCAGUUUGCAGCUGAUGACGGCGAGUGGAGAGCAGAGUCCGACCCUCUGGCCAUGGAGGAGUACCGGGAGGACUUCACCUUUGAGGAAAGCAUUGAAAAUGAAGCUGUGUGCCAAAUAAGAAAGCAGAUCUAUGAGAAAAUAACAGUCAAAGUCAUCAAGCACUUAAGCUUGCUUCAACAAAAUUUCUGCACAAGGCUUGCUCUCAGGGCAGUGAGAACAGAGGAUAGCAGGCACCACUGUAACUAG